UCGGUUGAUUUAUUGUUGUUGGUUUGUUUUUUUUUUUUAAAUGAUUUUUGUUGGUUUGUUUAGUUGCAAAGGAAAGCACUUAACCCUCUCACUUUUUUUUUUCUUUCAAAAUUCCCAAUUAAAAAGCUUCUAAUUUCAACAUCCAAAAAAACCCAUUUCAUACUGAAUACUGAUCAUGAAAUCUGUCUAAUCGAAUCGAAUCAUAUCAAACCCUUGUUAGUUAAUUGACAAGUAUCAAAUUAAAAUGGUUGGAAUUGUUGGCAUUCACAAUUCUACUUCAGAUGCGUUGAGUUUCCGCUUUCAAACGAUAUCGUUUUCGCACCCAUCAUCAUCAGUUACAUCUGAGUGUUGCUAUCAUCAUCAUCAUCCAAUUAGCGUUAUAGCAUCAGAGUCAUUCAAUUGUUUGGUAUGAUUUAGAGGCACUUUGAAUGAACAUGAUCACCUGCCUUCAAUCAUCAUUCAAUUGGAUCUCAGUUGCAGAUCCUUCCUUAUUUUGUAUUUCUAUUUCUUCUUUAUAUUUCUCUAAUGGAUGCUUCUUCUUUUCGCCUUGCCGUCGUCAUCGACAAUGGUUAGGUUGCUUACAUGUGGCCCCUUAAACCCAACUAGAUGGGACUCAUGGGAGCACUUAUUGGCGUUGGAAUAAUAAAGUGUUGCAUUGAGGUUGGGUUUGCUAAAUUGAUGACUUUUGCACGAUCCAAUGCUGGUAUACUAAAAUGGGGUUUUUUGGUAAUGUGGAGCCUUGCUUUGUAGUCCCAACAACUGUUGAGUGAAUGAUUCUUUUGUAAACCAACCAAGAAACAAUAAAACUAGUAAUUGGAUGACUCAAUAUAGUUGGCUUAUGAGACGAAGCAUUAUUUAGAUCUAGGUCUAGUAGUACUUACAGUUUAAAUUAUCCCAUCAAGAAUGGGCAGGUUGAGAACUGGGAUGCUAUGGAAAGGUUUUGGGAACAAUGUAUUUUUAUCUACGCUAUGAUCUAGAGGAUCACUACUUCUUGCUCACGGAAAGUCCUCUGACGCCUCCUGAGAGCCGAGAAUAUACUGGUGAAAUCACGUUUGAGACUUUUAAUGUUCCUGGGCUCUACAUUGCGGUGCAGCCUGUGCUUGUUUUAGCUGCUGGGUACAGUACAUCAAAGGCUUGCCAUACCAAAGCGGAAUAUGAAGAAUACGGUGCUAGUAUUUGUCUUGCAAAUCCCGUUUUCAAGGGAUGUACUGAUGUGAAGAAUCAUGCAAUCCGCUUCAGUUGUACCGAAUCUAUUUGCAAUUUUGGCUUAGUGAUUUCCAGUUUUUCACUUCCAACACAAAGUCUCCGGUUCUUCGUAUGCUCAAAACCUGUCAAUGUGAUUUUGAGUCUUCAGGCUACAUGGAAUUGGUGUAAAAUAGAAAUUUACUUUGUAAGAAAGCAUUGAUUUUUCAUCUGUAACAAUUCUUUUUCUAGGAAGCUAUAGAUUGCUGCUCUUCAUUUGUAAUUGGAUGCUUUUUGUUAGCAAUCUUAUCACAGUUGCAACAAGCACAUUAUAGUUCCUCUUGAUUUCUUACUCUUGUAAUUGGAUAACCGAGUAUUUGUUCACUACAACUGAUACGUUCGCAAUUGGGAUCGAGUAUUUCCUAAUCUAGUUUCCGAUUCCGGUGACAUGGAAUUACUACAACUAAGUCACCUCUUAUUCAUAUGUUGGAACUUUUAAGAGAAUUGCAAAAAUACUGUUGAGCAUACUAUGAGUUUAGACAACUAUAUGAAUUGUACAUCAACAUACAUGUAUUAUGUAUAUUUAGAUAUACUAAACUUUCAUAAUCUUUUUAUACAAACUUUGACCAUAAAAUAUUCUCUA